GCCUGUCCCAUAGACGAGCCGCAGUAUAUUGAUAGCGACACCAGUGGAGAUGCUCUUCCGCUCUCUCUUCGUCCUUGCCUCUCUUGCAGUUGUUGCGCAAUGUCAGAACAUCCUCCUCACCAACGAUGAUGGGUGGGCUACUGCUCAGAUUCGUGCUCAGAACGAUGCUUUGGAGGCGGCUGGCUUUAACGUGAUCUUGUCUGCGCCCACAGAGAAUGAGUCUGGUACCAGCUCAGACACGGCUCCACCUACCCCACUGACCGAGCCUUGCGAAUUCGAUACGUGUCCUACUGGAUCACCAGCGGAAGGUUUCAAUACCAGCGACCCUCGUCUUAACUGGGUCAACUCUUUCCCCGUUGAUGCUGUCCGUUUCGGCAUCCAGACUCUUAGUCCGCAGUUCUUCGGUGGUCCGCCAGAGUUCGUUGUUUCCGGCCCUAACGUUGGGAACAACCUGGGCGAGGUUAUUCUUGGGUCUGGCACAGUUGGAGCAGCCUGCGAGGCCGCGAAAGAAGGCAUUCCCUCAACAGCGUUCUCCGGCGCUUCUACUUCUCAAGUCUCAUUUACGACCCUCGAGACCUCGCCUGACUCCACUGCAACUCUUGCGGCGCUUGCCUACUCUCAGCUCACUGUCACAUUUGUCGAAGCCCUCCUUGCGUCGCCUGCCCAGCCCAUCGUUCCUGUCAAUACGACGAUAAAUAUCAACUUCCCUUCGACAUCCGGCUGUUCCUCCGUCUCCGACUUCAACUUCGUCUUCACUCGCCUCGUUGUGAACUCUAGCGCCACGGACGUGACCACCUGCGGUACCGAUCACCUCCCGGACGAGACAACUGUGGUUCAAGGUUCUGGAUGCCAUGUUAGUGUGACUGUCAUUGAUGCUAACGCUAAGACGGAUGUGGAUGCAACUACACAGGCUGCGGUUUUGGAUAGGAUCUCCGGGUUGUUGACUUGCCUCUAA